AAAAAAAAUGUCGUACUGAAAAAUGGAAAUAAAUCACAUACCCGCUGUAAAUACAAUUAUUUGCAUAUUUUAAAAAAAUAAAAAGAAUAAAGAAGGAAAAGACAGGGGCCGAUUAACUAACGAAAAAAAUUAAAGUAAAAAGAUCUGGAAUGAUUCAAGAACCUGAAAAAGAAUGAAGACAUGAUGACAUAAAUUAAAUUCCCCCAAAGAAGGAAGAGAAGAAAGGGUGAGAGAUCACGGAAAAAGUUCUCAUUUGUAAGGCCAGGACAGCGUUGAAUUUCUUCUGCUUCUCCGAAAGGCAAGCAACAAACUUAAAAAGGCAUGUGUUUUUCUUCUUACCUUCCACCCCGCUAUAAGGUUAUUUUUUUUCCCCCAGUAUCGUUAAUUGAAGGCUCUACCCAAUUCUUUUAGUAUGUUCCUGUGAGCUUGUCUUGAAUUGGAUGAUUAAACCUCAGAUUGUUUAUAAUUUUUUUGUAUUGCCCAGUUCUCGUGGUUGACUUAUAUCUGCAUAAGUGGUUUUAGCAUUUCCUAACUGUAUGUCUGGUUGCUUCUGUUUGUAUUACAAGUUACUUUUCCCCUUUUGAUUUUGAGUUUUUUGAUUGGGUGAACUUGUGGUUAUUCAACAGGAUGGUUUGAGGGUUGGUGGGGAUUGGUUGAAAGUUGGAACUUGACACCUCUUUUUUGUAAAAGUCCUUUAAAAAUAAUUGUUUCUUGUUAGUGUACCAUAGUAAAUUUAGAAACUGUAAGAACAUAGGAAGAUAUCUCCGAGGUUGAGUUGGAUGUUUUCUGAAUUGGGUUUUCAUUUUAUUGAUUUGCAGUAAGUUAUAAUCAGCUAUUCGGAUAGGUUUGCUGCUGGGAGUGACCUAUAUAUUUUCCUGUGCAGUAUAUUAAACUGCUGAUUAUCCAGUCAUAGAUGUGGCCUUUGUAUGUUCUAGUCAACAAAUUGUUGAAACUGGAAGAAGUAGAUAAUGAAGAACCUGCCCGGGGUAAUUUCAAUUUAGUUGAAUCUUACCUGUUCAGUCUUCUUUUAAGCAAAGAGAAGUGGGAUAGUGAGACUGAGACCACAGCCCGAUCUUUUGAAGUGCCGCACAUCAACCAGCAGCAUGCUUGGGAUUGUGGUCUUGCUUGUGUUUUGAUGGUGCUGAGAACUCUUGGCAUCCACAGUGGAGAUAUCCAGGAACUGGAAGAGCUCUGCUGUACGACAAGUAUUUGGACGGUUGAUUUGGCAUAUCUGUUGCAGAGGUUUUCAGUUAAGUUUUCCUACUUUACUGUGACCUUAGGAGCAAACCCAAAUUUUUCGGUGGAGACUUUUUACAAGGACCAGCUACCGAAUGAUGUACUGCGUGUUGAUAUGUUGUUUAAGAAAGCACGUGAUACUGGAAUAAAUAUAGAGUGCAGAUCGUUUAAUGGAGAAGAACUCUCUUCUCUAAUCUUGUCUGGGAAAUAUAUUGCGAUUGCUCUAGUUGAUCAAUACAUAUUAAGUCGAUCUUGGCUAGAGGAUGUAUGUAUCUCGAGUAUUUAUAGGGACAACCCAGGCUAUACUGGUCAUUACAUUAUAAUCUGCGGCUAUGACUGCUCCACUAAUGAAUUUGAAAUUCGGGAUCCUGCAAGCUCAAGGAAACAUGAGAGGAUCCCUUUGCGACGUUUGCAAGAGGCCCGGAAAGCCUUUGGUACAGAUGAGGAUCUUCUAGUGAUAUCCUUGGAGAAAAUUGGGAAUCAGACCAGUCCAUUGCUGUCUCUAUUCCCUUGAACAAGUUUGCUCAGGCACUCGUUCCUGGAUCGGGUGACAUUUCUUGCUAAUUUUUUUUUGUGUAUAUCUGUACAUUGCCCCAUAUAUCUGUAAAUUAUAAUAAACCCUUGUAAGUUGUAAGCCCUCUCUAUGUAAUCCCCUUUUCAUCCAGAAUAUGAUAAUGGUGAGAGGUUCUGUAAAUUAUGUUGCAUAGAUUGAACAAUCUUGUCUUUUACAGAGAUUGUAAACGCCUCAAUCGCUAAUUUUCUUCCCCUUCCCAUUCCCCACCCCCCCCCCCCACCCCCCCACACACAAACGAUAUAAAAGCCUGAAUACAUAUCUUUCUUUUC